AUGGUCCUGUCAGGGCGCUGGCGUCUUGGUGCUUGGGCAGUCGCCACCGGGAGGACUUUGGUGGUGCAGUCUCUGGGCAGCCAGGCGGCCUGCUUCGCUCCUCUUGGGCCUCUGUCCCAACCUGCACAGGGGGACUUCACCUUUGUCUCCUCAGCAGAUGCAGAAGACCUUAGUGGUUUCAUAGCAUCCCCAGAUGUCAAAUUAAACCUUGGUGGAGAUUUUAUCAAAGAAUCUACAGCCACUGCACUUCUGAGCAAAGGGUAUGGCUGGCUUUUGGAAGUUGAAGAUGAUGAUCCUGAAGAUAACAAGCCACUCUUGGAAGAAUUGGAUAUUGAUCUAAAAGAUAUUUACUACAAAAUCCGAUGUAUUUUGAUGCCAAUGCCAUCACUUGGUUUUAAUAGACAAGUGGUGAGAGACAAUCCUGACUUUUGGGGUCCUCUGGCUGUUCUUUUCUUUUCCAUGAUAUCAUUGUAUGGGCAGUUUAGGGUGGUCUCAUGGAUUAUAACCAUUUGGAUAUUUGGUUCACUGACAAUUUUCUUGCUGGCCAGAGUUCUUGGUGGUGAAGUUGCAUAUGGCCAUGUUCUUGGAGUUAUAGGAUAUUCAUUACUUCCUCUCAUUGUAAUAGCUCCAAUAAUUUUGGUGGUUGAAUCAUUUGAAGUGGUGUCUACACUUAUAAAUCUGUUUGGUGUGUUUUGGGCUGCCUACAGUGCUGCUUCAUUGUUAGUGGGUGAAGAAUUCAAGACCAAAAAGCCUCUCCUGAUUUAUCCAAUCCUUUUAUUAUACAUUUAUUUUUUGUCUUUAUAUACUGGGGUGUGAUCCAAGUGUUUCAUGAGUAGAAAAAGACAAUGUUACAUUAGUA